AUGGAUGAGUACGAACCAAACGACGGCAAUACUACUGGCUGGUCACCUUCUUCAUCAACAACAACAACACCACUUUCUGUACAACCAAGCGAGCAACCACCUAUUUGCCUUGGAGAGAUCUCGCCUUCGCAUGUCAAUGUCAUUCAGCAACAACAACACAACACAAGUACACAACAAGCAAGUAAUGAGGGAGGUGGACGUGUUGGGGAGCAACCUGUCAAGGUUAGAAAAAAGCCAGGUCGUAAGCCAAAUCCAGCAUCUCCAGCGCUACGGAAGGCUCAAAAUCGAGCUGCUCAACGUGCAUUCCGUGAAAGGAAAGAACGACAUUUACGUGACCUGGAAACAACCAUCAAGUCUCUUCGUGAGAAGCAUCAUGCAGCAACAAAGGAACUUCAAACAACCCAAGCUAUGCUUGAUUCUUUUCGAGUGGAGAACUGGUAUCUCAAGGGCGUUGUCUUGACAUUACAAUUUGUGUGCAUGCAUCAUCAUAUCCUCAUUCCCUCUCAUUCACCCUAUCUAUCCGAGGAAGCCCUUAGUGAGAUGGCUCACUCAUCACCGCAUGCUAUCGAGUCAUAUGUCAACGCUUACACCCUCAACAAUGUCAAUCUCAAGCCUGCCAUGGCAUCCCACUUUGCCAACAAUGCAUAUACGAGCAACAACAACAAUAUGGAUGGGACACAAAGGGAUGAGGAUAUGCAAUAUGAGGAACAUGAGAGGAAUACUACUCAAGAACCAGCAACACCAUCACCAUCUCCACCAAGCAGUGAAAGUAUCAUUAUCAAACAUGAGGACUCUGAAGAUGAGGAUGGCACAAGUUUCCAUCAUCAACAGCAUCAACAACCACCACCGCAACAAGUGAUGUUCCAAACACAGCAACCAAAAGAUACGAAUCCAUGGCAACAACAACAACACCAGCAAUCACCAGCACCACAAGAACCACUUUUGGAAGAGCCCCAGAGUCUUAGCGCUAUCCAGAAAUUGCGACUACAAUUGCGUUGUCAAUCAAGGAUGGUUAUGUCUGGAUGCCCAAAGUCAGCUGCACGUUUACAACCAACCCUGCUACAAUUAGCCAUUCCUCACGAUUCACGUAUUGACUUGAUACCCGCUCCCCAUAUGCGUGACAGGAUGAUCAUUUUCCGAGAUCAGAUGGAUUAUGACAGGUGCUUUUCAUUGCUAUUGAAUGGUGCCGUACAGCAUGGCGAAGAUCCAACGCUUGCACAAAAUUGGGAAUUGCCACCAGAGUUUUUCAGCGAGUUUUGGUAUCUCACUAUUGACUACGAUUUGAGCCGCACCAACAAAUGGCGUAGAGCUAAAGGAUUACCAGAUAUCGGUGAUGCGGCCAAUGACUCAGCCAAUCAAUACAAUUAUUGGUCAUCACAACAACAGCAACAUGAACCAAACAAAGUACACGAUCAAGCAUGGGCCGAUGAAAUGUUAUCACAAUUAGCUGAAGGAAUGCCAACUCUUCAACCCGUGGAUCAUAGCAAGGCUCCCCAUCUUCAUUAUCCGGAAAUGAUCAUUAGUGCUUCACCCGAAGACUAUCAGCAUCAAUUGGGAUCAUCGAGUAUAUCUGGCAUGAUGGAUUUGAUGGCUGCUCUUUCCACCACUGAACCCACUUUGUAA